AUGGCGGCGGCUUCCCCCGCAAUAGCUCCCCGCCCCAUCCUCUCACCUCUGAGGAGCUCUGACCUCCUCCGUAAGCCCCUUCCUCUUGCUCUCAGUCUCCUCCGGGCCCCCCCGAAGCGUCCUCCUAGUUCCGCCGAGAGACUUUCUGGAUUUCUAUCUGGUACUGUUGGCACUCACGGAAGCAGAGCUUCUAUUUCUGCUUCUGUUUCUAGCCCCACCUCGCUGAAUUCAUCUGGCUUUACCUCCUCAUCUUCUGCUCACUCACUCGUCGUUCAUGAGUCCUUCCUGGCGUGCUCGAUGCCCGGGCGGGGCCUGAAGGUCGCCAUCCUUGUCAGUGGCGGCGUCGACAGCAGCGUCGCCCUCCGACUCCUCCAUGCUGCUGGCCACGCCUGCACCGCGUUCUAUCUCAAGAUAUGGUUCCAGGUAUCUACGUUGUUUGUUUAACUUCUUAUCUUCUGUGCGCACGGAUCUUAAUUCCUUUUUUUUUCACGUUUUUUCGGUGCUCGGGAAAUUAUUACAUCAAGGGUAAGCAGAUAAGUCACUUCUUAGUUAGAUAACAAACGUGCAAAACUACGGUGAGACUCAGAUCAAAGCAAGCUAAUCUGUGUAUCAUGGAGGGAAACGCAAUGCGUUCAUCAGUGACUACGGACUCUAGAACAUUUCCUAACGUUUUAAAAGGGUUAUGGUUUGGAAUCAAACUUCCUAUAUUACUAAAAGUGUCACUCCGAUGGUGAGACACUAAUUGUGGCAAAAACCCCCACUUAGUGUUUCUUCUAAAUGACACAGGCGCAAAUUUCUAGAAAAAAAAAGGAUUUUCCCUUCUUCAUUUUCACCGUGAUGAAUCCACUUUGCAGAAAUGCGAAUCAAGAAUGUACCAUUUUUGGCCAUCAAAGUUUCCAUUUUCGUUUCUGCUUCAUGUUUUCUGUUUCUAAUUCUUUAUUAUUUUAUAGGAAGAUUUUGAGAACUUUUGGUCCGAAUGCCCAUGGGAUGAGGAUUUGAAGUACGCAAAAGCUGUCUGCGAUCAGGUAAGGUACAGUUUUUUUCCCAUCCUGGCUUGUGGUUAAUGGUUUUUUGAGUUGACGUCCAAUUCACUCAUUUCAAUAGAAUAUAUUUUCUACAUCCAAAAUCAUCCGUCUAAUUGAUUUCAUUCUCAAUUAGUUCGUGAUAUGAGAUCAAGCUUUCUUGAAUAGCAAUUCAUCUCUGUUUCUUAGCGGCAUUAGUUCAACUUCCCUGUUUGCCUUGUGUGAAGAUCCAGUGGACUACAUUAGUUAGCCCUAUUGAGGUUAUUCUAAUUGCUAGUGUUAGACAACAUUAAUUUUGGCAGAAAUAGUUCGUGAUAUGAGAUCAAGCUUUCUUGAAUGGUAUAGUUUGAACGUUAAUGGGAUAUUUCUGUAUUCUUUUAUGAUAGAGUCGAAAAUGUUAUCUUCUUAUUUAGGUUCGUCCUCUUCAUAUAGCUUUACCAGAUAACUUCUUAACUAAAAAUUGUUUUAUGUCCAUGCCAUGUAGGUUGGAGUCCCACUGGAAGUUGUGCAUUUGACUGAUGAAUACUGGAGCAAUGUGGUAGGGAAUUCAUGUCCCAAAUAUGGUCAAUAUCUUAUCCUUCUGUGUAAAGCUAACAAACUUUCUGGGUCCCUCCGAUAGACUUUUCCAAAAAUGUGCCUAGGUGUCUUACAGUUUUUAAUUUGAGUAACAUGUGAGGCGUUGAGGAGUUGAUUAAUGAUUAUGCUGUCCACGGGGCAUUUUUUAUUUUAAUUUUAUCCUUUAUUUUCUGUUUCUUGGUCGUUUUUGGAUGCAUUUGAAGCUGCGGUGUUUCAUUGUAUUGCUCAGGAACAUCAUUGAAGCAUCAUUAUCCAUUGUCUAGUAAAUCUAAGCCGAAUGUUGACAAUUCAUUCAUCAGGUUUUUAUUCUAUUCGUUAUGAAAAAUUAUACAAUUUUUUUUGGUACAUCUUGAUUUCAAUUGUUGUACUAUACUGCAUGGACGCCUUAUGCUCAAUGUGCCCCCUUUCCGUCAAGGUCAAGAUUCUCCUGUAUCCACACGUCUUUUGUUAUCUGGUUGUUGAUCUUUACGUAUGUAUUUGAUGGAGUUUUCCCCACCUGAUGUCUCAGGUGUCUCAUAUUAUCGCUGAGUACCGCUGUGGCCGUACUCCUAAUCCUGACGUUCUCUGCAAUACAAGAAUCAAAUUCGGUAGGUCUCAGGCUUUUAAUGGUUAAGUUUCCAUGGCUUUAGUUGAUACGCAUUGAUUAUCUAUCUUAUUUAUGUUCCAGGGGCUUUCAUUGAUGCAAUUGAAAGUAUGGAGUUUGAUUAUGUUGCUUCUGGACAUUAUGCUCAUAUUGUUCACCCGUCAUCAAAUCAAGAGGAGGCUUCCGUUCUGAAAUUAUCCAAUGAUAUGGUAACAGAAAUAAUCUUAAAUGUCAUCAUCUGUUUUGUAUCAUUCAGUAUCCUUUUCCUUUUUUCUUUCACAAUGAUGGAGAUCGUACAAUGGUAAUUUUUUCUUUCCGUUGCAGCCGCGUGUUGACUUUGCUUUAUAAAUUCGUGGAUCUUUCAGGUCAAGGAUCAGACUUAUUUUCUGUCACAUUUGUCGCAGAGUCAGCUCAAACGUCUUCUUUUUCCUCUCGGCCAUCUCACAAAGGUAAUGUGCGAACUUUUCUCACUAUUAAUCAAAUCUUAUUGUUAAAUAUUUAUAUUAUGGAUAUUGUGAUAUAGUAGACAACUUAAUUGCUGGGGAAUUAACAUUUUUUUUUUGUCUUGUUCGUAUUUGCCAAAUGGAUGAGGAGGUAUCACCAAUUCGGUUUCUGUUGACUAGCAGUGCUGAUUUAUGUAACAGCUCUUCUAGUCAACUCAGCAUCCCCAUAAUUACUCCCUCUAAUACAUUUUUUUAAUACUAUCACCAAUCAGUCUAAGUGCCAGUUCUGUUUCAUAGCUGCUCCCAAUAAUUUACUGUCUUAUGCCUUCCCCUUCAUAACAAACCCAGACUGAUUCUGCUUACCCCUUUUGGAUCCUUAUCCCCCUUUGGGAAAUUAAGUGACCAUUUCAUCCAUCAUCAAUUUCUCCAAUCUCUUAUUAUGAAAUUCAUGAAAAUAAUGUGGAGCUUGGUAUAUUUUAUGAGUGUGCUAAGGAUUUUAAGUUGACUUAUUAUCGUUGACCUGGCUUGUAAUCAAACAUUGCAGGAGGAAGUGCGGGGGCUUGCUACAGUCAUGGAUCUCCCAAACAAAGAUAGGAAGGACUCUCAGGGAAUCUGUUUUCUUGGAAAGGUAGACAUCUUUUCGUCCAGUAAAUACUAAAAAUAAUGAUAUUUGUUGUGGUUUGUAGGCUCUCAAUGUGAACAUAUAAAAUAUGAACAUAAUCUCCUGUAAAACUCCUCUUUUUUAGUAAAUUUAUAGGAAAAGGUGAAAGAAAUUAGCUCACCUGCUGUUGUUGCUUAGAGCAGAAAAACGGUAGGGAUUUCAAGGAAAAAUAUUUUUUCAUGACGGAAGUCAUUAUAAUUCAAAUGAAAGAUAGUGAAAAACCCAUCUGGUUUGACUGGAUUUUGUGGGUAGAUUGGCCACAUCAGAUCCGACCUGAAUCAGGAUCUGACUGGUCUGAUUGGCGGACCCCAGGGGAGGGCUGUGGAUUACUAUAUGCAGUCUGACCUGCGGGUUUGACCGAUUCGUCUGACUUGGUCAAAAAAUUGGUCGAGUCUGGUGCAGCCAUAGCCCAAAAUAGUAGCCCUGAAUCCCUCUCAGACGACUUCCAUAGCUCAUACGCCCAUUUUUUUGUCGUAUUACAGGUCAAAUUCAGCGAAUUCGUUGCAAGGCACAUUGGAGAGAUGGAAGGUGUCCUCUUGGAGGCCGAGACCGGGGACUUCCUGGGUUAUCACCGCGGUUUCUGGUUCUACACGAUUGGUCAACGCCAGGGCUUGCGGCUUCCCGGAGGCCCCUGGUAUACACAUCUUUUCUAUAAAUGGGUAUUGCAAUGUUUAUAGUUAUAUUCUAUAAUAAAUGGGUAUUGCUGAGAUUUAAAUGCAUAUGAUUGCAGGUAUGUUGUGGAGAAGGAUGUUGAGAACAAUGUGGUCUUUGUGUCGAGGAACUACUUCUCACUGGAUAAAAGGAGGAGAGUAUUCCGUGUGGAGUCCUUGAAGUGGGUCAGCGGCUUGCCCCCAGAGAAGAACAGCCAACUGCAGUGCAAGGUAAUUAACAUAUUUUCGAGCCCUGGGUACAGAGGACAAAGAAGUGAGAGAUUGAGAUAGAUAGAUGGAUAGAUGGAUAGAGAGAGAGAGAGAGAGUGAGGCCCCUGGGUACAGAGGACAAGUGAGAGAUAGAUAGAUAGAUAGAUAGCGAGGAGAGAGAGAGAGAGAGAGAGGCCCCUCUCUCUCUCUCUCUCUCUCUCUCUCUCUCUCUCCUUUAUCCUCAGUACCCAAGGGCUAGAAAGAAUGCCUGGGGGCAGGCGGGGUCUCAGCAAGGCCCACCGAGUUAUGCUGAAAAAUUCCAAUCUCUUUGGGGGUUGAAAACCGUCAGAGAUCCCAAUCCAACCAAGAUUCUUGAACUCUUUGAUGGACUGAAGCAAUCUUUCUGGCUUUCCAGGUCCGCCAUGGCCCUGGCUUCUACGACUGCACCAUGGCCAUAGAGCCGAGUGGAGAGGGCCAAGAAGAUGCCACCGCCGUCGCCAUCGUCCACCUCUCCCAGGACGACCAGGGCCUGGCGGCGGGCCAAUUCGCCGCCUUCUACCAUGGCAGCACCUGCAUCGGCUCUGGCGUGAUCUUGGAAUCCUGGGAUGACCAGGGCUUCCCCAUUUGCGACAGGGCCCUGGAGGCUGCCAAGGUGGCUGACAAGUCCAAGCUGGGGCCGCCGGUGAAGAUAAUGAACCAGGAGACCAGCUCCAAACCACCACUGCCACCGCCUGAGAGACCCUCUGCUCAUGUGGCGGCCGCUGUGAGCCAGAAUAAGCCACGUGGAGCCCCUGGGAUCCCCGUCAACAGGAGUUUUGGAAGCUGGAGGCAUUGGAUUGGCAGGUGGCUGGGGAUGUUCUACAGAUUGAAGGGCUCUAAAACUUGA